AUGGCAGUUCCAGUGGAUCCUGUUCCACAGAAUGUUCCACAGAAUGCACCACAGAAUGCACCUGAUGAUGACGAUGCGCUGAUGCUGGUGGUGGUGAUGCUACUGAUGAUGCUGCUGCUGGUGCUGACUAAAGCUGAUGAUGACGAUGCGCUGAUGCUGGUGGUGGUGAUGCUACUGAUGCUGCUGCUGCUGCUGGUGCUGACUAAAGCUGAUGAUGACGAUGCGCUGAUGCUGGUGGUGGUGAUGCUACUGAUGCUGCUGCUGCUGCUGGUGCUGACUAAAGUAAUUUUAUCUUCGCUCUUAUCUUCGCUCUACGGGGAGCUGGUAACCAACCAGGUUAGGUUGUAUGAACGGACGUCAAUUCGGCGUUCUAAACUCAUCAACAACUUAACCUUCCUCAAGCGAUGCCGCGACUCUAAGAUAACUCCUGCCGGUCUGCGUAUCCGCGAUCCCAUACGCAAUAACCGGUCGGAAGACAUCCUCCGGAGAGCCAGUUCCGCACUCAUCCGAGAGCGCAUCUCCUUCACCAGACUACAACUCGCCAUCCUCGACCAGCAGAUCACCGACACGGAAGAGGAUCUCCGCUCCACCUUGGAACCAGUCCACUUCGACAGGAUUUGUUCUCUCACUACUUCUUCUAGCCAGUUUGUGUUCUCCACCACUCGUCAGAAACAACUUAGGAAAUUCUACCGCCUGGAACGCAAGGAACGGAAUACUCCGACUCCUUUCCACCGUAACCGUAGUCCGCCAACUGGAUCUCCUAUAUCCUGGCGUCAUCCAUCUCGCCUACAUAGCCCGCCAACUGGAUCUCCUAUAUCCUGGCGUCAGUCUUCUCGCCCGCGUAACCUGCCAUCUGGAUCUCCUAUAUCCUGGCGCCAUCCACCUCAUCUCCGUAGUCAAGACACCUUCACCAAGCACACUGUAGUCAACCUCAGCAACCGCCAGCUGAACAGUACAGAAACGAAAGUUCUGUCCCUUGGCAUGAACUUUGCUGUUCCUCCAAAGUCCGUACCCAUCGAGAGCAUCAUCCAGUCGACGGAGCCAGCCCUCAGACACCUCACCAAGACAGCAGCCAACGACGUCCGUAUCAAGAUGAAUGAAGUCCUCCGCAAGGCUCGCCCAGCUAAACCUAAUCUGACCAAAACAGAGCGGUUCGCUGUCAGUGACCUUCGCCGAGACAACUCCAUCCACAUCCUCGCAGCGGACAAGGGCAACGCCACCGUCGUCAUGGACAGGGAGGACUACAGCAACAAGGUAAAAGACAUACUUUCUUCUGGUUCAUACCGCCCACUCCCCAAGAACCCCAUCACCGCCAUCGAGAAGCGAGUUGCCAGCCAACUUCUCCUCUUGCAUCGAGCAGAUGCAGUAUCCACCCCCCUCUACAGACGACUCAGACCCUCCAGUUCGAUCUGUCCCAGGUUCUUUGGUCAACCAAAGAUUCACAAACCUGAGAUCCCUCUGCGCCCCAUAGUUGCCUCUCGAGGUUCCCCCACUUACCACUCAGCCCAACACUUAGCCAAAAUCCUCAGACCCUUGGUGGGUCAGACACCACACCAUGUGUCCAACUCUCCCCAGUUUGUCAGCAUCACCAGAAACCUCACUGUCAAACCCACUGACUUGCUUGUCAGUUUUGACGUCGUCUCACUCUUCACCAAUGUUCCCACAGGCGAGGCCUGCAAACUAGCUAAGGAAAGACUUGAACAUGAUACCACUCUUGCUGAACGCACAGACCUGUCCCCCGACCAAAUUCAUGAUCUGUUACUAACAUGUAUUUCUUCCAGUUGUUUUCAGUGGCAAGGCAAGUUCUACGAGCAAACGGCUGGGACCUCCAUGGGAUCUCCUUUAUCCCCGGUCCUAGCCGACAUCUUCAUGGAGGAGUUCGAGUCUUCCUCCCUACUCACAGCGGAUCUUCGGCCGAGCCUGUGGCUACGCUACGUUGAUGACACCUUCGUAGUGUGGCCCCAUGGCCCGGACACACUCCAAGACUUCCUCCAGUACCUCAACAAGCAACACACCAGCAUCAGCUUCACCAUGGAACAAGAACAGCACGUCACCAUUCCUUUCCUGGACGUCAAGAUCUCCAGGAAUCCGGAUGGCACCCUGGGACACAGCGUCUACAGGAAACCCACCCAUACCGACCGCUAUCUCCACCAGCGGUCGUUCCAUCACCCCAGCAUCAAGUCAUCGGUCAACCGCACCCUAGUACAGAGAGCCUUCGAGGUCUGCGACCAAGACAACCUCAAGCGUGAACUCAAGCACAUCCAGACGUCACUACAAUGGAACGGCUACAAACCCAACCGCAUCAAGAUCAGCAAACCUGACCAACGGGUCCCCUUUACCCAAGGUCCUCCCACUGUAUCUCCCUCAGUCACUCUUCCUUACAUAGGUCCAGCUUCUCAUCAUCUGCAACGCAUCCUCCGACAAGCCGGCGUCAAGGUGUACCACUCAUCUGGCAACAAGCUCCAAGGCAGCCUCCAUACUCACAAGGACAAGCAGGACUCCUCUUCCAAGCCGGGAGUCUACCGCAAUCCAUGCGAAUGCGGCAAAGUCUACAUCGGCGAAACCGGAAUGCCAUUGGAAGCUGUUGAGCUUAUUGAGAAUUAA